AUGACUCCAUCAUAUGCCUCUAUCGUUGGCUUUUUGAAGCCUUUAGCAGAGGGACUGGACUACCAUGAUCUCUAUUACUCUGUGUUACAUAUUAAGGUUGUGAUGAGAAGCAAGGCAGCUUCUGCCACUUCGAUGAACAGUGAAAUAACUGCAAGAAGAGGUUGUGGCUAUCUUCUCCAUUGUACCUCCAACUUGAGAUAUACCUUCAGGAAGUUAAUGAAAUUAGAUGUAGUAGUCAUGCAAUUUCUCAUAUACGAUAAAAUGGGGGAUAGUGGUAGAUCGAGCUUUCUAGUGUCAAUCAAUGUGAUAGUUGGUAGAUCAUCGCAGUAUUUGAUCGACCACUGCAUGGUUGAUCGACCAUCAUGGUUAUUUUCGGUUGCAGCAGAAACGGCAAACAACGCAUAUGAAUUCUCAGAAUCACUGGGGAAAAUGGGUGAUUGCCUGCUCGAGAAAACAGCAUUAAACGAUGAUGAAGAAAGUGGAAAAGUUCUGUUGAUGCUAGGAAAAGUGCAGCUUGAACUUCAGAAAAUUGUUGAUGGUUAUCGGUCUAAUGUAUUUAAGACAAUCACGAUCCCAUCAGAGUCUAUUCUUAAUGAGUUACGCAUAGUUGAGGAGAUGAAGAGGCGAUGUGAUCAUAAAAGAGAAAUGUACAAUGACCUGAUGUUAUAUAGAGAGAAGGGGAAGUUGAAAGGUAGUAGAGGAGAGCGUUUUUCUUCACACCAGUUUCAAGUAGCUCAGGAUGAAUACGAGGAGGAGGCAAAUGCAUUUGUAUUCCGAAUGAAAUCACUAAAGCAAGGAGAAUCCCAUAGUCUUCUAACUCAGGCAGCUCGACAUCAUGCUGCACAGUUGUCCUUCUUCAAGAAGGCUCUCAAAUCUCUAGAGGGAAUUGAGCCACAUGUCAAAAUGGUCGCCGCACAGCAACAUAUUGAUUACCAGUUUAGUGGACUUGAAGAUGACCAGGAUAAUAUUGAUGAUAAUGUCAACGACGAGGAUGAUAGUACCGAAGAUGAUUCUGUAAGUAAUGACGAUGGAGAAUUGAGUUUUGACUAUAGACUAAAUAGUGCAGUUCCAGAAGUUUCUACAACAAAAAACUCAAUGGAGUUGGAUAAUGUGGAUACUACAUCUCCCAGCACUAAAUUAGGUGCAUCUAAGGAAAAUUUGGAAAGAACUGGUCGAAAUUCUUUUGGCUUCCACAGAGAGACUAAGUUGACCAGCCAAUCAGCACCGAUAUUUCGUGAGAAGAAACUUGAUCCAGCUGGCAUGCCGAGACAGAUGCUGCCAUCACCAUCACGCAGGUUUACAUCGUAUGUGCUACCCACACCAGUUGAGGCAAAGAGUCUUGGUUCUGGGAAAGCAGAUUUUGAAGAUCCACAACAUAAACAAGUGAACAAUAACUUGUGGUAUUCAUCUCCUCUUGAUCAGAAGAAAUAUGAAAAAGUAGUAGCAAAUGAGAAAUCCUCGGACUCUGUCCUCUUAGACGCACAACAGGUGCUCACAGAGAGCAACAAUAAUACAAAAAGCAGUCGGUUGCCCCCUCCAUUAUUGGAUGGCUUCUCAUCAAAACAGUUUGACCCAAAUGUUGCAUUCGAUACUAGAAAAGUCAAAAGACAAGCUUUCUCUGGUCCAAUAACAGGCAAACCGUGGCCGAAGAACCCAAAUUUAUCUGCCAGUGGUCACAUCAUUUCAUCAGAGUACCCUCUGCCAUUUUCUGGGUCUAUAUUGCGUGCUCCAUUGCCUCAGCCAACGUCAAUGCCCAAAUUAUCAUCACGUGUUUUACCUACUUUCAUGUCGUCGCCUAUAAUAAGUGAACUUCACGAGCUGCCUCUGCCCCCAGCUCAUCUAGCUUCUAAAAGGCUUUCCAAUCGCAUUGCUCAUUCAGGGCCUUUGGUAUCCGAAGGUUGUGAGCUACCUACUACAAGCAUAGCAAAAUCUACACUUCCAAUGCCAUCUCAGACUAUUUCCCGCAGUUAUUCUAUUCCCUCUGGAAGUCGAGAAGAAUCGGUUCUACAUUUACCUUUAGAAGCUUCUCAAAAUUUGAAGAUGACUGAAGGAAUUACUUCACCUCCUAUAACACCCAUUUCAUUGCCUGAUGUACAACCAGCAUCACCCCCUACAUCAUAGAUGACGUAUAUGCCGGUCAAAUGGGAGGUAAUUGAGGAACUUGUCAUCCAAUGCACCUCUGCCAAUCUUGUUAUUUGAUAUGAUUAGGUGAACGAGAGGUAUUUCUACAGGCAAAAUGGCUUUAAACUGCAUUGCUUGCUUUAUGGGGGUUUAUGUGUAGGAAAAAUGCAUAUUGUGCCUUGUGAUUUGAGAUACCUAUAAAUUAACUCAUCUUGAUUACAGAAUAUGCAACCCACCACUUGUGCUUUUGUAAACCCUAGAUAUUUCCCUUUCAUCAACUUAGCCAAGUUCUGGAAUUGUUCGCAGGAUGCUUUAUUCAAAGAUAUAGAUUUUACAUGAAAAUAUUAAGUCAACAAAAAUUGGACGACUAAGAAUUCUACAGGGUUGGUUUCUUGGAAAGGUGGCCUGAGUAUUCUUGAACUGCAAGGGGGUGCACUGGCGGCAUACUUUAGUGCGUAUUUGGAAUUAAUUUACAUUGUACAUUAAUAUCAAGCAGAGGACAACUGCAAUUUCACCUAGUACGGGCACAAAAUCUGUAAAUAUGAUUUUGUACAUAUUUAGUCUUCUGUUGUCCCAGUUCGGAUGGAAUUUACCCUGUAAGACCUAUGUAUGUACAUAAAUUUUUUGUUCCCUCAAAUAAUGCUUUGUUUUGCA